AUACUGGAUACUGAUGAGGAUGAGUCAGUGACUGUGUCUACCUUGUAAGCUUAUUGAUGAGUUAGUUGUCCAGUCUGCUGCUCAUUCUCUCUAUUUACUUCACAUUCCCAUAGGAAGUGAGUGGAGCCGCUCUCGGCCAAUCAGAAUCGCGGAUAACGCUCCGACAACAAACAAAAGAUCGAGGCUAGCCGAGCUCAUCGGACUGAGUCGAUCCGUCUAGCCUAACGUUAGUUCUUACUUUGCUCCCAACAACGACCCGCUCCUUUGUCUUUUAACCACUUUCUUCAGAUCCCGUGCGGCAGGCAGUCUUCUUCUGGUGGCUUUGUGUCAGCUAAUGUCAGCCUGAGCCGUCUCAGCGAUCGCUUUGCCUGGCGCUAGCCAAGCUAAACGCGUUAGCCAGGUUAGCUGCUCGGCUAACCAGCUCUGGCUGCCUCUCUACGACCAGCGAAGCCAGUUAGCUUAGCCUGCUAGCUAGCUAGCUUUGCUAACCCCCCCACCUCCUCCUCCCCCUCCUCCUUAACAAACUUGACACUGACUGACACAAGUGGCUCUGGCUUGUUGCUGACAAGCCAUUUUACUAAUACUCGUGUCGUAGCCAUGUCUGGACAGUCGUCGGGCUGUGGGUUUCUCAUGUCGGUUGUUGUCCACGGAGACGCGGCUCUGAACGAGCAGGAAAAGGAGCUCAACCAGCGACUCCGACGGCUCUAUCCAGCCGUUAAUGAAAACGAGACUCCGCUUCCUCGGUCCUGGAGCCCGAAGGACAAGUUUAGCUACAUCGGACUGUCUCAGAACAAUCUCCGCGUACAUUAUAAAGGUCAUGGCAAAACCCCUAAAGAUGCAGCGUCUGUACGGGCCACCCACCCCAUCCCAGCCGCCUGCGGGGUCUACUACUUCGAGGUGAAGAUCAUCAGUAAAGGCCGAGAUGGGUACAUGGGCAUCGGCCUCUCUGCUCAGGGUGUAAACAUGAACAGACUCCCCGGUUGGGACAAGCACUCGUAUGGUUACCACGGAGACGACGGCCACUCCUUCUGCUCGUCUGGCACCGGGCAACCCUACGGACCCACGUUUACAACAGGCGACGUGAUUGGCUGCUGCGUAAACCUCAUUAACAACACCUGCUUCUACACAAAGAAUGGACACAGCCUAGGUAUUGCCUUCACAGACCUACCGCUGAACUUGUACCCGACCGUGGGCCUUCAGACUCCAGGGGAGGUGGUGGACGCAAACUUCGGCCAGCACCCCUUUGUGUUUGACAUCGAGGACUACAUGAGGGAGUGGAGGACAAAGAUCCAGGCCCAGAUCGACCGCUUCCCCAUUGGAGAGCGCGAGGGCGAGUGGCAGUCCAUGAUCCAGAAAAUGGUGGCUUCUUACCUGGUGCACCACAGUUAUUGUGCCACGGCCGAAGCCUUUGCCAAGUCCACCGACCAGGCCGUGCACGAGGAGCUGGCCUCCAUCAAAAACCGACAGAAGAUCCAGAAGCUGGUGUUGUCAGGUAGAAUGGGCGAGGCCAUCGAGACCACCCAGCAGCUCUAUCCCAACCUCCUGGAGAGGAACCCAGACCUUCUCUUCAUGCUCAAGGUGAGACAGUUCAUAGAGAUGGUGAACGGGACGGACAGUGAGGUCAGGUGUCUGGGAGGUCGUAGCCCAAAGUCUCAGGACAGUUACCCCGGCUCCCCCCGGCCCUUCAGCAGCCCCAGCCACAAAGCCAGCAGCUCCCAGCCCUACCUCCCAGGGUUUGACACCAACUGCUGUAAUGGUGUGACGUCUAAUAAGAGCCACAGCUCCUCCCCUCACAGUCACAAGCCCUGCCCCCCAGGCUCUGGCUCCGCCCUCCCAGCGUCCGACAUUAGCAUCAACGGGAGCCGCAGUCAACAGGCCAUAACCAGUAACGACGUGGAUAUGGAGGUCGACCACUUCACCAACGGAGUGACAGAAUCUUCCUCAAAUGGUUUCCUCAACGGCAGCUCUAAACACACCGCCGAGCCCGACGACUGUGACGCAGACAUGGAGGUGGAGUCUGCUCAGUCCAAGAGGCAGCUGUGCGGCGGGAGCCAGGCGGCCAUCGAGAGGAUGAUCCACUUCGGCAGGGAGCUCCAGAGCAUGAGCGAACACCUCCGCCGCGAGUGUGGCAAGAACUCUGCUAACAAGAAGAUGCUCAAGGAUGCAUUCAGCCUGCUGGCCUACUCAGACCCCUGGAACAGCCCCGUCGGCUACCAGCUGGACGCCAUCCAGAGAGAGCCGGUCUGCUCCACUCUCAACAGUGCAAUAUUAGAGACUCACAACCUGCCCAAGCAGCCCCCCCUGGCCCAGGCCGUGGGUCAGGCCGCCCAGUGCCUUGCCAUCAUGGCACGGACUGGAAGUGGCUCCUGCGCCUUUGCCUCUGUGGACGAUUACUUGCACUAGCCCCAUCUACACACACACACACACUCACACACACACACACACACUCUCCAAGGACCUGUCCAGAAAUGUCUCCCUCCACCUCCUCCAUCAGUGUAGUCUUAUUAGCUGAGGAGGCGCUCCUCUGCACGAUAACAAGUUAGUAGGACGUUAACCAUCUCACUCGCUUCUUGUUCUGCUUUUACUGAUCGACACAAACGCCACCGAGGACCAGGACUCAUUUCUGGGCAGAUCUUUAGGGUGCAAACACACACACCACCGACAUUUAAAACACACACACACACACACCACCUCCCUUUCCAUCGUAAAUAUGAAAUUACGCCUCCACCUUGGUUGGCCUCGCUGACCCCCCCCCUCCUCCAGCCCUCUGAGGCUGCGUCUUCAUCCUUCUGACUGACAGCGGGGAUGCCAGCCAAGAGUAGCCAACUUGAAAAUACUCGGAGAGCCAAACUCACCUGGACUCGGCGCGGGGGGGGCAUUAAACCCGGGUGGGGGGGAGACAGACUGGCAAAAACCCCUGGUCAAACAUAAACAGGAAAAUAAGGAAAAAAUGAGAACAACGACAAAAAAAGAAAAAAACAGACGAGUGAGCGCCGUGGCCGCGACCACCCUUUAACGUGGUCCCUGUAAACCAACGUGCACACACACAUUUAACACGCAGACGAGCAAACACACACGCAGGCCGGCUGAUGCUGAAUCCAGGAUCGACGGCUGCACAGAGGCUUGCUGAGUGCUUCAACUCCAGCCAACACGAGGCUCCGUUACAGACUACGCCUACGCCCCCCCUUCCCUCCCUCCGUCACCCCCUGCACCCCCUCCUCCCUUCUCGCUCCACCCUCCACUGACUUCAGGACAUCGGCGGACAUUUCUGUGGCGCAUGUGGACUCGGGACUUCGGAGAAGCCAGAGAGAAUCUGCGGUCUCAACUCAGUGUUCCCUGUUUUUAAUCUUUUUGUUUUUGUUUUUCGUGGGCGGAGCGGUGGUGGGGGGUGGGGCUGAGGAGGUGUGGUUACCUGGCUCUUGUUUUGUUUGUAGUUUUUCCAGGUUUACAAGGCAUGGUGCAGACGACGAGGAUUAUUAUUAUUAUUAUUCUAAUUAUCAUUAUAUUAAUUAUUGUUACUUGCAUUCACAGUAUAUUUGUUGAGCGCCAGCAAGAGCAAGUUCCACCAACUUAUUAUAAUAAAGGUCCCAAUUCCACCGAUUUACCAGUGACGAGCGUGUGUACAUGUUAACGUUUAUAUAUGACUUUAACAAAAAUGGAAUUAUAUCAAUAGAGCGCGAUAUUUAGUUAUCAAAUGAAAAGAAAUCUUUGGAAAAAAAAAACCCUGAUCCUUUAAUGCUUUGUACCAACAUCAGUGACCCUGAAGCUGAUCGUUCCUGCUCCGCAGUUUUUCUGUUUCCCGUCUUGUUGACUGCAGGGUUCCUGUGCAGAACUUUAAUUUGACACGUUGUGGUACUUGCUGUGAAGUAAUGUCUCUUUACCACGGCCUCGCUCGGUUUCUCAGAAAGAAUCUUCAAACACCUCUGGACAAAGUCUGGAUUUUCUGAAAUGGAAACUCUGCGUAGGAACCCUGUGACGACCUCUGACCCCAGUUUACUUGUCACCCCGCCCCAACCCCACCCCCAGCUGCACAGCAGGUUUGAUGCAAAACAUUAUUAAUCUUUAUUUUCUUAUGGAUGUCUAUGCUAAUCCUUAACCCACAAAGAACUCAGGAGCCAAAAUGUCCCUUUGUUCCUCCUCCUCCUCGAUUUAGAUUAGUGAGGUCCAACCAAGCAGCUGACAGACCCCGGGCCUUAAUUACAGGUGGACUCGUGGUUUUGUUUGUUUGUUUGUUUGUUUGUUUUAAGCUGCACAGUGGUAGAAUCAUCAAAGUCCAACCACAAAAACAAGCAACAGCUAAACUGAGCUGCUGUGAAGGCGGCGUCUGAACGAGCUCUGUGGUCGAUUUAAAGUUGAGCUGAAAUGUGAGUUCUCAGUUUCUGUCUGAGGAAAGAUGUUCGUUAAAGAUGUUUUUUGUUGUUGUUGUUUUUAAUUUUCAAAAAGGAUUUGAAGUAUUUUUGGACACUUUUAUGUUGAAGCUUCAAGCCUCACGCUGUCUUUGACAGACAACUAAAAGCUGACAAUCGGAGGCGACCUGGAAAAUAUCAUAUCUGUGUAGUCCUUACAGUCUCCAAACAUUUUUUUUCUCCGUUUUCAAUAAGUCCAAAUAGUGUUGGUUAUCAGCUGUUAGAAAUUAAAGCUAUCUGUCCCUUUGAACGUUCAGCAUUUGGAAGGAUUUAUCUUGUUGUGAAGUUUGUAUUCCACUGGAACCAAACAAGCCUGGUCAGCCUAGUGCAGAGUUACAGGGAUGAGUAUUCUUGUAACCACAGUAGGCAUUUCUUUGGCCGCUGGUCAGAAUUUUAAUUUCACUUCAGUUUUAAUGUCGGGUGGUGAAAGUCAGAUUUGUUGCUCUUUUUGUUUUCAUCAUUAACGUCGACCCCAAACUGGCUCAGUCGCUAGUUUUUCUUCAGUCAGCCUCGACUCUCAUGCUCCCUGCUGAAAUAGCAUUCAGGUAUGAAAAGCCCCCAAGUCCACCUGUCUCCAGCUAAAUAACCCGUCUACCCAUCGUCCCUCCUCUACCCCCUGGGUUUCAGUUUGUUUUUUUUUAAAUUCCAGAUUGUUCUCUGGCCUCUCCUCCUGGUGCUUAAAGCAUCGAUGGGGAUAAUACAAAUACCAGUAUUGUCAGCUGCACUGUGGCAACCACACUGACAAAAUAAAGAACCAAAUACUUUAGGAAGACUCCUUCGCAGCCGUGUGUUUGAAGCCUGUGUGUUUGUGCAGAGAAACAGGAACGCCGAGGCUUCUGCUUUGACACCACCUCCAUCUUUUCCUCUAGUUUUUCCCCAGGGGUCCGGAGUUGACAUUUCUCCUCACGGUGGAACAGAGCUUUUCUGUACCUUCGUUGGUUUCUCGCUUUUUCUUUUUUUGUUGUUUUUUUCCCAGAUCGCAAGCAGUCACAGCAUCGUUUAGAAAAUUUCUUAGACAAAGUGUCUGUUGUCUCUUUCUGAGUAAGGUCUGAAACCUAUGCAUGCCAUAGUAAAGUGGUGGUAAGAUCAAGUUAGAUGUCUCUUAUUUUAAUCUUUUUGUUUCUCCUUCUUUUAGCCAGUUCACGGUGUAUAAGGAAGAUGUCAACCAGUAAGUUGUCCACUGCUGACUGUGUGUCCAUUUGGAGAAAAAAAAAUGUGCAAUUUGUGUGAGGGUGAAAAGAUUUCUAUUAAAAAUGACAAAUGAUGAUAGAA